UCAGCAUCCGGGCUGUUUGUUUGUUAUUGAAGAACUAAAAUGGCUGAAAACGAAGAGCCCAAAGCCACCUGCACAUUUCUGUUUAAAAAAACGAACAAAAAAUUCACAGCUCGGAAGCGGAAAGCAAGCGACAGCGACGCGGGCAGCAACAGCGACGAGGAGAAGAAUGCGGUGAAGCGGAAGGAGAGGAAGGCAGGGCCGGCUAAUCCCAUGAUCCAGAGGACAAAGAAGUUGGAAAAGGAAAAGGUGUCUUCCAGCGACAGCGACGGAGAGCAAGAGAAGUCGAAGUCAAAUAAAAUCACUGUCGAGUACAAAUCCACCAGAUCUGCUAAAGCGGAGGGUCCUGAGGACAUGGGCGCCACAGCGGUGUACCAGCUGGACACAGAAAAGGACAAGGAUGCGCAGGCCAUCUUUGAGCGCAGCCAGAGAGUGCAGGAGGAGAUAACUGGGAAGGACGAUGAUAAAAUCUACCGGGGGCUCAAUAACUACCAGAAGUUUAUCAAACCCAAGGACACAUCGAUGGGCAAUGCCUCCUCCGGGAUGGUCAGGAAAGGUCCGAUUCGAGCCCCCGACCACUUGAGGGCGACAGUGAGGUGGGACUACCAGCCUGACAUCUGCAAAGACUAUAAGGAGACCGGUUUCUGUGGCUUUGGAGACAGCUGCAAGUUCCUGCACGACCGCUCCGACUACAAGCAUGGCUGGCAGAUCGAGAGGGAGCUGGACGAGGGCCGCUAUGGGGCCAACGACGAUGAGAACUAUGAGGUGAGCAGCGAUGAAGAGGACCUGCCCUUCAAGUGCUUCAUCUGCAGAGAGUCCUUCAAAAACCCUGUUAUCACCAAGUGUCGUCACUAUUUCUGUGAGAGCUGUGCGCUGCAGCAUUACCGCAAGUCCCAGCGAUGCUACGUGUGCAACGAGCAGACCAACGGCGUCUUCAAUCCUGCUAAAGAGCUGAUCACUAAGAUGCAGAAGCUGCAGGCUCAGAACUGUGAGCAGCCAGACAGCGGCGAGCAGCAGGAUCAGGGGGAGGACUUGUAAUCUGCUUUCUGGAAUUUCCUUUCUUUCUUGUUGAUGUGCAUCUGUAAUAGGGCCAAUAAAACUUUUCUUUUGUAUUAA